UAGUGCAUUUUACGCAUUAUGAUGACUGAAGGAAAGAAAACAUUAGUUAGUUAUCAGCAAAUAUGUAUGAGUAGAAAAAUCCCUUGAAAUUGAACUUGAAAAAUUUUGCAUAUAAAAGCGUUGAGCUUAAAUACAAAACAAAUAUUUCAAUAAGUUUUUGCAAACAAACUAGUAUUGGAAAGCGGAAAGCUGAAAAAUGAAAUUUUCAUUAAUAUUUAUGGCAGUAAUGGCAUGGAGUACAGGAGUGCAGAGCAACAUUGUUUUAUUGCCAGAGGCCAUGUACACCACUUCGAGUCCCACCGCCAAAGUGGACAAUUACAUUUUACAACAUCAACGACAAUUUGAAGAGCAACUGCGCACUUUGGAUAAAUAUUUAGAGGAUUUUCGCAAAAAGUUUGAAUUACGUUUAGAAGUGAUUGAAUAUUAUGAUGCGGUUGUUGAUGUAAAAUUGCGUGACAUGAAGGAUAAAUUGGAUCCAUUGGAAAUGUUGGGUGAUGUCAAUGAUAUGUGUGUGGAGAAGUAUCGCGGCAAGAUGCCUGCUGAUAAUACUUUAAAGGUGAAUCUGAAAACUUGUAUCAAUAAUGCUAAUAAAGCAUUUUCAUCGCUGCUUAAUAAUCCGGAAAAUACAUUGAAAAAUAUACGAAAUCAUUAUAAUGGGCCAUUUAAUAAUGCCAUCAAAGAUUGUAAAAAGAAACGGGAAAAAGAUGAAACGAAAUAUAAAACAUGUGCUGACAAUGCCAUCAAAUCAACGAGUAACUAUUUCAAUACCAACACCAACACAUUUUAUUCACAAAUGACUACGGCCGAAUGUAGCUCAAAUACCAAAAUCGAUGAAGCUUUCGAUUGUUAUUCGGUGAAUGUUUAUCAGACAUUCACUACCAUGGGUGAAGUGAACGGACUGAUUGAAAACUGUUUGGCUGGGCAUGAUUUUUGUGUGCCCUGUGAAAAUGAAGAAACUGGCGUUAUAAAGGGUCGCUGUCCUUAUCAAAUGGCUUGGCAUUUGGCCGAUGAUGAUUUGACGGGCGAUAAAAUUGUCAAUCCAUUUAAGGGUAUUAAUAGCACAACACCUUGUCUGCAGGUUAAUUUUAUAACGAAAAAUUUCACUAACAGUGUGAAUAAAGUGUGAUGAAUUAUUUAAUAAAAUAAAAAUAUUUUAUACUGUAAAAUAAAAAGUCGAUAAACUAAAUAAAUAUUCA